AUGAGUAAAAACUUCGACUAUACUGGUAUAUAUGACGCGCGUAAUAAUGGUUUCAGUUGGAGUUCAACUACAAAUAGACAUGAUCCUCAGGCUGGUCUUUGUACACACUUGUGCAGUAAAUUUAGGAAUGCACAAGAUAUUAGCACCAAUUUUACCUUCAUUCAAUUAUGCCAAGUUAUGUGUUUAUAUUUAUAUCACAUAAAGCUAAAAGAAAAAACAGAUUCCGACAAUAUAAAAUCAUAUUGUAAAUGUUUUCAUUACCAGCUAAAAAAAAAUCUAUUAAAAAAAUUUGGAUCGAAAAUUAACACAACGAAGGAAUAUUAUUAUGAAAUGAUAAAUAAUAGUGUUGAUAAUUCUCAAAAAAUUAUAUCAAAAAUAUGUGAGAACCAUGAUAUAAACGUUGGUGAAGAUACAUUUAAAAUAUUGGAAAAUCUAGAUAAUAUAUGUGAUUUAAUUAAAGAAUUUUAUACUCCGCAUAAUAGAGACUUAUCCAGAGUUGAAAGAUUUGAACAAAAUAUGGAACGUUUAGAAAAAUAUAAGGAUACUAUGAAUGAAAGCCUUUAUAAAGAACUAGAAAAAGUUUUCCAAAUAUAUAAAGGUUAUUUAACUAGUUGGCGUGAUUGUGGAUAUGGUAAAUUUGUCCUGCAAUACUUCAAAAACAAGUGGAAAAAUAGAAAUACAUUCAGAGACAGAGGAACAAGUGCAAGCACAGGAAUAAGUACGAUCGCCGAAAAGAGCAUUAGCACAGGUACAGACACAAGAACAGAGGCAAGUGCGAUAACUGGAACAAGAUUUAUUUUAGGAACUACUUCAGGAAUAGUUUUUUUAUCCUUUUUCAAUUAUAACAAUUAUUUUUAUUUUUACACAUCUUAUGGAUCUUUUUUACAACCAAGGGUAAGAAAGUUAAAAAGGUUUAAUAAAAAAAAAAGAUACCAUCAAAAGUUAAUGGACACAUUUCAUGAUACACACCAUAAUUUAAAUUAUAAUGAUUACCGAAUAUCAUAUGCCUCAGCGGACUAA